CGAAUUCGCUCCAAAUUAAACAAACAAACGUGCCAAUUUGGCACGGAACCCGAAUAAAUAUAUCGAACGAGAGCGACUUAAAUGAAGCAUUUUUCGCCAGCUCGGCGACACUUUCAUCAUCGACAGCACUCCGACGAGUUAUGCAUAACCUUUGGUUAACCGUGGUGGUUAUCUCUUGCGGGUUACGGGUUUCUUCAGAUGUGAUAGAGAACUUGAAGCUGCACGAGGUGUUCCGCAAGCCCAAGGAUUUCUCUCGCGUGAAUUUCGACCAUUUGGAAAUACUAGAGAGGAAUAAUUUUAAAGGAAACCAUGAGCACGAUGAGGCUUGUGGGCUGUCCAAAUUGCACCCUAAAUCGGUUGCUAAUGCUCAGGUUAUGCUGAGGUUCGGUGGUGAUGAUAUUAAAGGGAAGAAUUGCAUCGGGAAGAAUCCUUCGGAGGAUUUAUCGACGAGAUUCGGAGUGCCUUAUUGUCAACAAUGCCAGCAACCCCAUUAUCAAAUUUUGAAUCAGUACAAACCCCCCUGUCAAUUAAUGCCUCCUUAUCCCCUUGGACAAUAUCCUGUGCCUGCUUACUUCCCUUUAUCGUUACCACAGAAUCCUUAUUAUCCUUACUACUGUCCGUGUUUUAACAACGUACCUGGAAUGAUACCUAAUGAGUCUUCAUCAGCAGCAGCGCAGAAUUGUCCUUUUUUAGGAGGAAAUGUUCAAACAAACAUCGAAAGCGCCAUAAAUGCAAAUCAUCCAAAAAUUCUUCAGGCCACCGAUCUCACCGACGAAUGCGUGCCGGAAAACAACGAAGCCGAUGAUGAUGAUGAUGAUGAUGAUGAUGAGCCGAUUGUUGUUCCUGAUGUAGGAGAGACGUUCAAGAGGCCGAAAGGAUAUAAGGAACCUCAGUUGUCUGAAUAUGAGAGAGAUUAUGAGAAACAACUUGGACCUGGUGCAGAUAAUAAACCAAAACCAACUCGUGAUGAUGAUGAUUAUGGAAUGGAUGAUGAACCAAUUGUCAUUCCUGAUGUUGGUGAAUCGUUUAAGAGGCCUAAAGGAUAUAAAAAUCCUCCAUUAUCCAAAUUUGAAAAGGAUUAUGAGAAACAACUUGGACCUGGUGCUGACAAAAAACCACAACAAACUCGUGAUGAUGAUGAUUAUGGAAUGGAUGAUGAACCAAUUGUCAUUCCUGAUGUUGGUGAAUCGUUUAAGAGACCAAAAGGAUACAAAAAUCCUCCGUUAUCCAAAUUUGAAAAGGAUUAUGAGAAACAACUUGGACCUGGUGCUGACAAAAAACCACAACAACCCCGUGAUGAAGAUGAUUAUGGAAUGGAUGAUGAACCAAUUGUCAUUCCUGAUGUUGGUGAAUCGUUUAAGAGGCCAAAAGGAUAUAAAAAUCCUCCAUUAUCCAAAUUUGAAAAGGAUUAUGAGAAAGAACUUGGACCUGGUGCUGACAAAAAACCACAACAACCCCGUGAUGAAGAUGAUUAUGGAAUGGAUGAUGAACCAAUUAUCAUUCCUGAUGUUGGUGAAUCGUUUAAGAGGCCUAAAGGAUAUAAAAAUCCUCCAUUAUCCAAAUUUGAAAAGGAUUAUGAGAAACAACUUGGACCUGGUGCUGACAAAAAACCACAACAAACUCGUGAUGAUGAUGAUUAUGGAAUGGAUGAUGAACCAAUUAUCAUUCCUGAUGUUGGUGAAUCGUUUAAGAGGCCUAAAGGAUAUAAAAAUCCUCCAUUAUCCAAAUUUGAAAAGGAUUAUGAGAAACAACUUGGACCUGGUGCAGAUAAUAAACCAAAACCAACUCGUGAUGAUGAUGAUUAUGGAAUGGAUGAUGAACCAAUUGUCAUUCCUGAUGUUGGUGAAUCGUUUAAGAGGCCUAAAGGAUAUAAAAAUCCUCCAUUAUCCAAAUUUGAAAAGGAUUAUGAGAAACAACUUGGACCUGGUGCAGAUAAUAAACCACAACAACCCCGUGAUGAAGAUGAUUAUGGAAUGGAUGAUGAACCAAUUGUCAUUCCUGAUGUUGGUGAAUCGUUUAAGAGGCCUAAAGGAUACAAAAAUCCUCCAUUAUCCAAAUUUGAAAAGGAUUAUGAGAAAGAACUUGGACCUGGUGCUGACAAAAAACCACAACAACCCCGUGAUGAAGAUGAUUAUGGAAUGGAUGAUGAACCAAUUAUCAUUCCUGAUGUUGGUGAAUCGUUUAAGAGGCCUAAAGGAUAUAAAAAUCCUCCAUUAUCCAAAUUUGAAAAGGAUUAUGAGAAACAACUUGGACCUGGUGCUGACAAAAAACCACAACAAACUCGUGAUGAUGAUGAUUAUGGAAUGGAUGAUGAACCAAUUAUCAUUCCUGAUGUUGGUGAAUCGUUUAAGAGGCCUAAAGGAUAUAAAAAUCCUCCAUUAUCCAAAUUUGAAAAGGAUUAUGAGAAACAACUUGGACCUGGUGCAGAUAAUAAACCAAAACCAACUCGUGAUGAUGAUGAUUAUGGAAUGGAUGAUGAACCAAUUGUCAUUCCUGAUGUUGGUGAAUCGUUUAAGAGGCCUAAAGGAUAUAAAAAUCCUCCAUUAUCCAAAUUUGAAAAGGAUUAUGAGAAACAACUUGGACCUGGUGCAGAUAAUAAACCAAAACCAACUCGUGAUGAUGAUGAUUAUGGAAUGGAUGAUGAACCAAUUAUCAUUCCUGAUGUUGGUGAAUCGUUUAAGAAGCCUAAAGGAUAUAAAAAUCCUCCAUUAUCCAAAUUUGAAAAGGAUUAUGAGAAACAACUUGGACCUGGUGCUGAUAAUAAACCACAACAACCUCGUGAUGAAGAUGAUUAUGGAAUGGAUGACGAACCAAUAAUAAUUCCUGAUGUUGGUGAAUCGUUUAAGAGGCCUAAAGGAUAUAAGAAUCCUCCAUUAUCCAAAUUUGAAAAGGAUUAUGAGAAACAACUUGGACCUGGUGCUGAUAAUAGACCAAAACCAAAAUCAAAACCGAAACCAACUCGUGAUGAUAAUGAUUCUGAAAUGGAGGAUGAACCAAUUGUCAUUCCGGACGUCGCUGAAUCAUUUAAGAGGCCAAAAGGAUACACUGAUCCUCCAUUAUCUCAAUUUGAGAAGGAUUAUAUCAAACAACUUGGACCUGGUGCAGACAACAAACCAAAACCAAAAUCGAAACCAAAACCGAAGCAACCUCGUGAUGAUGAUGAUUCUGAAAUGGACGAUGAACCAAUUAUCAUUCCUGAUGUUGGUGAAUCAUUUAAGAGACCAGAAGGAUACACUGAUCCUCCAUUAUCUAAAUAUGAAAAGGAUUAUAUCAAACAACUUGGACCUGGUGCAGACAACAAACCUAAACCAAAACCAAAAUCGAAACCAAAACCGAAGCAACCUCGUGAUGAUGAUGAUGAUUCUGAAAUGGACGAUGAACCAAUUAUAAUUCCUGAUGUUGGUGAAUCAUUUAAGAGGCCAGAAGGAUACACUGAUCCUCCAUUAUCUCAAUUUGAGAAGGAUUAUAUCAAACAACUUGGACCUGGUGCAGACAACAAACCAAAACCAAAACCAAAAUCGAAACCAAAAAAGCCUCGUGAUGAUGAUGAUGAUGAUUCCGAAAUGGACGAUGAACCAAUUAUAAUUCCUGAUGUUGGUGAAUCAUUUAAGAGGCCAAAAGGAUACACUGAUCCUCCAUUAUCUCAAUUUGAGAAGGAUUAUAUCAAACAACUUGGACCUGGUGCAGACAACAAACCAAAACCAAAACCAAAAUCGAAACCAAAAAAGCCUCGUGAUGAUGAUGAUGAUGAUUCCGAAAUGGACGAUGAACCAAUUAUAAUUCCUGAUGUUGGUGAAUCAUUUAAGAGGCCAAAAGGAUACACUGAUCCUCCAUUAUCUCAAUUUGAGAAGGAUUAUAUCAAACAACUUGGACCUGGUGCAGACAACAAACCAAAACCAAAACCAAAAUCGAAACCAAAACCGAAACAACCUCGUGAUGAUGAUGAUGAUUCCGAAAUGGACGAUCAACCAAUUAUCAUUCCUGAUGUUGGUGAAUCGUUUAAGAGGCCAAAAGGAUACAAAAAUCCUCCAUUAUCCAAAUUUGAAAAGGAUUAUGAAAAACAACUUGGACCUGGUGCAGACAAUAAACCACAACAACCUCGUGAAGAUGACGAUUCCGAAAUGGAUGAUGAACCAAUUAUCAUUCCUGAUGUUGGUAAAUCAUUUAAGAGGCCAAAAGGAUACAGAAAUCCUCCAUUAUCCAAAUUUGAAAAGGAUUAUGAAAAACAACUUGGACCUGGUGCAGACAAUAAACCACAACAACCUCGUGAAGAUGACGAUUCCGAAAUGGAUGAUGAACCAAUUAUCAUUCCUGAUGUUGGUGAAUCAUUUAAGAGGCCAAAAGGAUACAAAAAUCCUCCAUUAUCCAAAUUUGAAAAGGAUUAUGAAAAACAACUUGGACCUGGUGCAGACAAUAAACCACAACAACCUCGUGAAGAUGACGAUUCCGAAAUGAACGAUGAACCAAUUGCUAUUCCAGACAUCGCCGAUUCCUUUAAAAGACCAAAAGGCUACACCGAUCCUCCAUUAUCCAACUUCGAGAAGGAUUAUAUCAAACAACUCGGACCUGGUGCAGACAACAAACCAAAACCAACCACCAAAACAGACGAGAAACCAUGCGUCGCUCCAUCCCAUCCAAAAGGUACCACGAACAACCGAGGAAAAGGCAAACGAACCAACAACAAAAACAAACCUAACAAAAAACCCAAAGCCCAAACCAAACCAGCAAACAAACCGAUAUCGCUCAAACCACCUUCGAAGAAAGACAAUCUCGACGCACCAACAAUCAAAGAAGAAAAACCAGUAUUCGAUGCAACAGCGAAGACAGAAGAACCUCUAUUUGAAGAUACAAUCAAAACGGAAUCUCCCAUUGAAUUCCCAUUGAACACCGACGAAACCAUCUUCGACCAAAACGUUAAACCAGAAGACCAAUUGGACAUCACCAAAGAAACCGCCGAUGACAAAAUCUUCAUCCAAAAAAUCCCCAUACCGGACUUCGAAUGCGACCAACAACAAAAACCUCCUUCAGUUCGCCGAGAACUCGAACACUGGCUGAACAAAUCCCUGGUACCCUACGAAUGCGACAAAUGCGGCAAAAAGCUCCUGGUCACCUACCCUCUAACCGAAGACCAGCCCCACAUCCACAUCGGAGGCGUCCCCCUAGCCCCGUCCAAGUGCCCCUGUUGCCAGCUCAAGGGCUUCUGCGACUGCCAGACCUGCCGGAGCCAUCGCGACCCCAGCAUCCCCUACGGGCAGAGGUUCCCCGCCGACGUCGACUCCUUGAGCAAAAUGGCUGGAGAUCAUGACAACUGGUCCCCGGGUGGUUACUACUCGGAUCCCUACAGGAAGAUCCUGUUCAAACACCCGUCGGUGUUCAAUUUCAUUACUCAUGCGAAUGUGGUGAGAAGGGAGCCCCACGUGUACGAGCUGGUGCAGAAGGAGGUGCCCAAGCUGGUGCCCACGGAGACUUUCCUGUGCUGCAAAGUACCAGGGAAUCGGAUGCUGUGCCAGAGGCAGUACCUGGCCGGUAACGAGCCGGUUUUGAUCGAGAAUGGAGAAGCCUAGUUGGUGGUUUUAUGCUUUAUUUGGUCGGUUUUGAUCGAGAAAAGAGAAGCCUAGUUGGUAGUUUUAUUCUUUAUUUAUACGAAGGUUUUUUUGUACUAUUUUGUUUUUCUAUAAUAAACUUUUCUAUUGUAUGGUUUAGUUGUCGUCUUUGCGGUUGUGGUUGGAUUUGGGUUCGGUCUGCGGGUCUAAAAUCGGGAUGGGUAUGGUGGGUAGGUUCUCGAGGAAUUCCUCCACUUGGUCUUCGAUCUGGCGACGGAUUUCGCUUUGGGUUCUGGCCCUGUUGAGGAGCAUCUUCGAAGACAAGUAGCUGGUGUUUACUAGUUUGUUGAUGAAAUUGAAGAGGGCGUCGUCUGCCGGUCGGAACACCGAGAACCCGUUGUUUUUGGUACUAAAAUUUACAAUUAUAAAUCUUAUAGAAUGAGUACCAAAAGUCCGUC